AUGAAUAAUGCUAAAGUUCUAAAAAUACAUGGUUAUGCUAUGGGUAUAACUUUAGGAGAAGGAACUUACUCCAAAGUGAAAUCUGCAUACUCUAAACAACUCAAAGAAGAUGUAGCAGUGAAGAUAAUAGACAGGAAAAAAGCUCCUUCUGAUUUUUUGAAGAAUUUCUUGCCCAGAGAAUUAGAAAUCUUGACAGCAGUGAAUCACAAUAAUAUUGUGAAGACGUAUGAGAUAUUUGAAAGCUCCAAUGGAAAGAUUUAUAUUAUUAUGGAGCUUGCAGUUCAAGGAAGUUUACUGGAAUAUAUACAGUCCAGAGACGCAUUACCAGAAGACAUGGCUCGAAAGAUGUUUCAUCAGUUAACAAUGGCCAUAAAGUACUGUCAUGACAUUAACAUUGUACACAGAGAUCUGAAGUGUGAAAACCUUCUUUUGGAUAUUAAUUACAACAUCAAGGUUUCAGAUUUUGGUUUUUCAAGAAGGUGUGCUUUUGAUGGAGAAGGACAUACUUUACUAAGUGAAACAUUCUGUGGGUCUAUUGCAUAUGCAGCACCUGAAGUGCUACAAGGAAUACCUUAUCAACCAAAGAUGUAUGACAUCUGGAGCCUGGGCAUUGUUCUGUUCAUUAUGGUCUGUGGCUGUAUGCCAUAUGAUGACUCUAAUUUCAGACGGAUGCUGCGUGCUCAGAAAGCACGUGUACUAAACUUUCCAAGAUCUAAAUUUGUCACCACAGAGUGUAAACAUUUGAUUCUAAAGAUUCUUCAUCCUGACGUGUUGAAAAGACUGACUAUUGAGGAGAUCCUCAUUCACCCUUGGAUGCAGCCUAAAAAACAUGAAAAUGCAGAUGAUGGAAAGAAACACGGUGAAUGUUCUCAAACAGUGCAACGGCAAAAUGAACAACCAAAAGUUGAUUCAAGAUCUGAUACCAGCAAUGAAUCUAAAUCACAGAAAAAAAUUGAAAGUAAAACCGAGGCUGCAUCAGAAUCAAUUCAUCUCAAACCUGAUGCAAAAACUGAAUCAAACCUUGACUCAUAA